AUGGCGUUUGAGUGGACGCCCGCAUGUGAAGAGGCCUUUCGGCACUUCAAGGAAAUCCUGGCGGCACCACCCGUCCUCGGGAAGCCAAAGGACGGGGAACCACUUUACCUAUACCUCGCCAUAACGAGUGAAGCCCUGGCCGCAGUUCUGGUACGGGAGGACGGAAAAGCUCAACAGCCAGUCUAUUUCAUAAGUAGGGCCUUGCAAGGGGCAGAAUUAAGGUACAGCAAGUUGGAAAAGCUAGCCCUAGCACUUCUGACUUCCUCACGAAGGUUAAAGCAGUACUUCCAGAGUCACCAAGUUGUCGUCAGAACGGACCAAGGGAUCCGGCAAGUACUCCAAAAACCCGACCUGGCGGGAAGAAUGAUGACUUGGUCCAUCGAACUCUCCCAGUAUGACUUACGAUACGAACCCCGGCAAGCCAUCAAGGCGCAGGCGAUGGCAGAUUUUCUAGUAGAAGUAACGGGGGAUCCAAGCGAAGAAGUGAGUACACGGUGGAAGCUCCAUGUGGACGGAGCCUCCAACCAGACCUUCGGAGGUGCCGGGAUCAUCCUGGAAAGCCCGAUUGGGGUUGUAUACGAACAGUCGGUCAGAUUCGAGUUUCCCAUCUCGAACAACCAGGCAGAAUAUGAAGCCCUUAUAGGAGGCUUAACCCUAGCAGCAGAAGUCGGCGCAAGAAGACUAGAAAUAUGCAGCGAUUCCCAAGUCGUCACCUCCCAAGUAAACGGUAGCUACCAAGCCAAAGACCCUUUGUUACAAAAGUACUUGGAAAAAGUUAAAAGCUUGAGCCAAAAAUUUGAAGAGGUCACGGUCCACCACGUACCUAGAGAAAGGAACACACGGGCAGACCUCCUAUCAAAGUUAGCCAGCACAAAGCCGGGAGAAGGGAACCGGUCUCUCAUCCAAAGCAUGACGAGAGAACCAGCGAUCACACUGCACAUGACAAGCCUAGGUUCUUCAUGGCUAGACCCCAUCACCGACUUCCUAGAACACGGCAAACUCCCUAGUGAUGAAAAGGACGCGGCGAAAUUGAGAAGGGAAGCGGCCAAAUACGCCGUCAUCCAAGGACAACUGUUCAGGAAAGGGCUCAACCAACCUCUACUGAAGUGCCUACACCCCGACCAGACGGACUACGUCCUCAGGGAAGUCCAUGAGGGCUGCUGUGGGCACCACAUCGGAGGCAAGGCCUUAGCGAGGAAACUAACCCGAGCCGGAUACUAUUGGCCGUCGAUGAUGGCGGACUCCAAAGAGUUUGUCAAAAAAUGCGUGAUAACGCGAUUUGGGAUACCGGAAGUCGUCAUCUCAGACAACGGCACGCAAUUUACUGACAAAAAGUUCACAAAAUUUCUCAACGACCUGGGUAUAAGGCAAAGGUUCUCUUCGGUAGAACACCCUCAGACGAACGGACAAGUGGAGUCCGCCAACAAGGUUAUCCUUUCAGGGCUAAAAAAGAGGUUGGACAAUAAAAAAGGUGCUUGGGCCGACGAACUGGCAGCGGUUCUCUGGUCCUACCGAACAACUGAACAAUCCUCCACUAAGGAAACUCCUUUCUGA